AUGGCUGAUUGGGGUAAUAUACCCAGCGAAAUAGCGAGUGUGAUUGCAGAACAUUUGGAAAAAGUAGAAGACUAUGAAGCUUUUGCGUUGGUUUAUUCAAGUUGGAGAAGAGGGGCGAAAGAAUGCAAGUUUGGGUAUGAAGCCAAGGCAUGGCUUAUGCUGCCAAGACGCAAAGAAGGUGGGCCGGAGCAACGUCAGUUUUACAGCCUCUGUAACCGCAAAGUGCGCACAGUGAACCUCCCUCUGUGGUUCCCCCACGGCUACAAUACGAGGCUGUUAUCGUCGCAUGGAUGGUUACUGCCCAGUGCUACUGACGAAGAAAGUAAUCUGUUUAUUCUCAACCCCAUGUCCGGUGCCAAAAUAAACCUUCCUAAGGUUGCCUGCUUGAUUGGCCGUUACCAUGCCUUUAUUGGCAAGGAAAUUCUCAAGUUCAUCCUAUCAGGGAACCCAUCCUCCUCUAGUGAUUUCACUAUCGCCUUAGUUGCGCCCGCUCCCAACUUUCUGGGUCCUGGGGUCAUCUGUUUCUGGAGACACGGCUGUGAAAGAUGGCAGACAGUUUUUACGGACAAAGAACUUGAUGUUACUUUUUACAAGGGAAACUUUUAUGGCGUCAACGAUUAUGGAAAUAUAUGGUGUUAUGAGUUUGACCAAUCAACAGGUCGUCCUCACCAGCGGCUUGUUGCUAAACUGGAACCUACCCGCGUUUUCACGAGAUACCUUUUCCCUAAAGAUUACUCGACUUGCAGGCUAAUAGAAUGCUACUUGGUUGAAUCAGAGAAUCGCUUGUUGCUCGUGAUUAGAUUGGUUUGGGCUGAAUUCUGCAACCCCUCAAUCUACCGAACUAUGUUAUUCAAGGUGUAUGAGCUGAAUGUUAACAAUGGAGAGGCAAAACAUGUUCCUGACUUGGGUGAUAUAGCGAUUUUCGUGGGUUGGAACUCAUCCUUUUCUGUAAAGGCAUCAUCCUUUGCUCAUGAUGAAAAUAUUCAUCGCUUUGAUGGCAUUAUUAAACCAGAACAUUGUUAUGAAAAUAGUUAUGCAAAUGCACCAUAUGUGUGGCUUCAGGAUCCAAGCUUAUGA